AACAAGUGUUCUAAAUCUAAGUCUAAAUCAGCGUCAGUCAUGUUAGGGAUGCUGUUCCGUGGGGUGUUCCUCGUGGGUAUACUCACGUGGUACAGCACCAGCGUGUGGAAAAUGAUCGACGGCUACUUCAGGGAUCAGUUCCGCAGCUAUUUGGAGGAGGAAUAUCGCAAGAAUCCCCGGAUGAAAUCGGACGUGCAGGGCGCCUCAGUCGAUAAGAUCGGUCCCGUAGAUGCAGCGAUGCCGGAAGCGACCGUGGCUCCGCCGCGAGAGAUCCCCGAAGUAUGCGAGCCGAGCGCGCUUUCGGUCGAAGCUGUAGAAAACCGCACAGCGGUCACCAAUUCCGAGGAUGUGACAGGUGGCACUAGUGAAAACGAUGCUGCGAGGGGAUCCACCGAUAAAAAUGCAUUCCUGGAAACCACCGCGGAAUCGGAGCUGGAAAGUAGGAAACCGCCCGGUCAGGAUCAAGAAUCUCGAACCAGCAUUAAUCACGAUAAUUAUGAAACCGAGCAUAAAGAUAGUGCCGAGGAUGCACUAUCGAUAUCCCUGGCAAAUAAAGAGCUCCGGAAGAAGAGCACAUCUGGUACGAGAUCGACCACCCCUAGGGACAUUUCACAAGAACCCGAGACGCCCAAGAAACGAAGAGUGAAGACGAUCACGCUGACGGAGAGGGACUUCACCUCGGUGCAGGAUAACGCGAACGACGAUUUCUGGGAGUUCGAGGAGGAUGCGGAGGAAAGAGAGCCGUUAGAAGGCGUUUUAGUUUCCGAGUUGCCAUUCAAGCCGAGGAUAGAUGGUAUAGAGGAUUUAGAGAGAAUCACCACGGAUGAGUACUGUCCGUUGACCUUGGAAGACGAAGCUUCUUGCGGGGAAACGGUUAAGUGGCCUUGAUUGCUCGAUCUGUAUCGAGCAGGUACGGGGAGUGCGGUAAAAAAUCAGCGGAAAUUUUUAUUGCCAGGUGUAUAGAACGUUGGGGAUGGAAUUGGCGACAGACUAUUGGCUGCUUGAAGGGAAAGUUGCUUCAAACAUUGCCGAUCGUGGUAUCCGUAUUUACAUUUCAUUGUAGUUUUACAAGAUUCAAUAUGAAACUUAAUUUGAAGAAAUUCUGAUUGUGUACAAUUAUAUAAAAUUGAUUGCUGAUAGAAUAAUAUAAUUACGGUUAAACUGCAGAUUUAUUAAAAUUUUUAAGAGUAGGAAUAAAUUGUUAUUUAGUCCCUGUUUCUUUACACUGUAUCUAGAAAUUUUGCGAGAUUACAUUUUAUACAUUCGAAAUAAAUAUUUACAUGGGUUAAUUAACAGUAGAAAAGUAAGGACAAUGUUAGUAAAUACACUUUUCUAAUUAUGCUAAUAGAAGAUUCAUCGGGACGAGAAAUUGGUGGCACAUUCCAAGAACUGACUGCGCCCGCAUGUCGUAGGUGGUUUAUGGCAGUACCUGCCGUAGUCCUAGACAAUCUGUACACAUUGUGCUUCGGUUCUAAUUAUGCAGGACAUCUGAAUCCUACCUGAGCUUGCGCAGCGACAGUAAUAGCGUAUUUACAAAAAGAAAAAAAAAAUGUAAACACUAACAAAAUUAAGAAUAAAAAUAUGUCCUCUAACUCAACAAUCCUAUAAAAAGUAAUAAUAAUAUUGAAAAAUAAUAAUUUACAUAAAAGAUACUGUCUAAUUGUAAUUAUUAUAAUCAUCAAUUUGAUUUCUUUUAAAAAUCGACUUAAGCCACUGUCAAAACAAACAGUUCAAUCAUUAGCUGCAAAUAAAUUGUCCGUGUUAACUUAAGCAUUUAACAAUCCACGAUAUUCUUAAUUGUCGCAAUUUAAAUUCAACGGAACAUGUGUCAUGUUCGGUAAAAGUGGUGCACUGGGCCAUUACGAACGGUUGAUUACCCAUUGGUACACUUAAUGCUCGGACGAAAUAGUUCUUGCACUUUCAGCGAUCGUGAGCAUGCAUCAUCGUGCAUUUAUCGCUCAAUUAACGUCACGGAUGAGAUGCACUUUCUAGCAAAAUUCACGUGGCAGCGAUAACAUCGUCGGAAUAAGGCCACGGUUCGGCGGAACGCUGCCCUUUGACCUUGGAAAUGAGGCCUCAUAUAGGGGAAACCGACGAGUUGCCGUGAAAGUACAGUGAAAUUGCGAUCUAUGAUUUCUACACAUGUACACGAUUCCCAUGGAAAUUGAGUCCGUCGGCUAGAGGACUCGCGCGCGCGCGGACAUCAAACUUUUCGCAGCUAUCUCGCCGAUUAGGCCCGCUUAUAGUUCUUUUCGUACGAUAAGUUAUCGAGCUUCCGUACAUUUAACAUACUGUUGACCGAUUAACGUCAACUGUGAUACUGCAGCCUCCCGCACAUCGUACGAUACAUCCUGAAUACAUUAUGUUUAGGUCUGCAAUUAUCUCGACAAUAAAUUCAUUCAUAAAUUCAAACAUACUCUACGAAACUCGUUCCAAUACGAUGUAACCGAGAAAUGUUAUAUAAUGAUAGAGAAUUAAUUAAAUUACGAAAUAAUGCACUUAAAAUCUACUUUAUAUGAUACGCUUGUCGCCAAUCUCCCUAUCGCGCGUAUUAAAUAAAUUCUUAUUGGAAAACUAUUACCUAUAUCGACUACAAACUACUUCCACUUUAUCUAAUUUCCAAUUACAGUUACCCUCGUUGUAAGACUUGGUUUCUAAAAAUAUUUUUAAUACAUGAUUUCUUUAGAAAAUUCAUAUUUCAACAUUCCGUAUCGGAUACAUCAAUAUAAUUUUAAAUAAAGCGAAAGUAUUACACCAAAGGAAAGUAGCCGAAGAUCGAUGCGUUAAUCUAAUGUACUCGAAUUGCACCUAACUUUCAUCGUUUGAAUAUUAAUAGCGCCGAUUACCGUCGGUAAACGUCACUAAACUUUCCGAGGUAAACUGCACGAUAUAUGUAAGACCAUAUGUCAAUGUUGUACGUUAAAACACCUAUAUCCUGCAUGCAUAUGCUUAAAUAAAUUUACAUAGCAAACAUCCCGGGCAAAGCUAAAAGAAGACAAAAAAGAAGGGAAUUUAAUAUAGCGUUAUAUUUUGUUUAUUACAGUUGGCAGUGUGUAGUGGCGGCCUUCCUGUGUUACGCUCGUUUCACUUAAAUCGACGAUAGUACGUGAAGUUCGCGUCGUCGAACACACGAUAGCUUCACAUUAUUUUCUUUCUUUUGUUUCGGGUAAAACUGUUUUCCCAGCCAACUAAUGAUUUACUAACCAGCAAUUCAGGCGCAGCGGUCGAUGCAAAUUAGAGUCCGGACGACGCAGCUAGACGAGGACGCAGACGCGUAUCAAGGAAAUUCGCUCGUUAUUGCUUAACGUUUCGAAAAAAAGAGAGACCGCCCGACACGACCUUCCCGCGGUGCGCUUCUGUACGCGGGGGGAACAUGUUUAGGCGUCAAUUAAAGCAAGCCACGAUCGUAAUUGCGCGGUUAAGUGCAAGACUGCUCGUCUUAAUUGAAAACCGGAGGCAACAUAUUUCACGGGCCUCUUGUCUUCGUACAAUAAACAGCUCACAAUGGUUUCGAGCGACGCUCGACUUCUCCGUAAUUUGCAUAAAAUGUUUCUAAAUGACUGUGCACUCUUUAACUAUAGACCGCUCGCGCCGACUCAAUUUAAAAAUAGGAAAUAUUAUCCGACGCUUAUAUUACCGGAAAUUGUAUAUUCACGUGAAAUGUAUUCUUGAAAAAAAAAUCAAAAUGCUAUGUUAAUUGUAUUUAUUAUUUAGAAUCUCGUAAUAAAUUUUACGAAGACACGCAGUUUUCACGGAAAUAAAAAUUUAACCGUUGCUCUUCUCCGUUGCACUAACUAAAAGUGCCUAUCAGUUCGUAGUAUUAAAUUAAGUUUAUUUAUUUGUUUUCCUUUCAAUUAGUUAUUCUUAUUUUCUAUAAUACCUACUUAGAAAUAAAUGGAUCGAUCAGUUUUUAAGUAAAAACUUGAAAUUUUUGAAAAAGAUAAACUCAGAAACUUAAUGUUAUUAAGAAGAGGACAUUGCACAAUCUAACCCUUUGCCCUAUGAUUUGUUUCUUAACUGUGAUCGAUCCAACUAGUUUAUCGUUAAUAAUUUAUUAAAAAAAAAGAAAAAAAUUAUUAUUCUCAUUCUAUGCCCACGUUUACUCAAAAGGCAAAAGAUUGAUAAUAGAUAAGUAACAUUUAAUUUAUAUUUAAAAGAAGUAAAUAACACUUAAAGUUUUCAAAUUCAGUUUAAUCAGUUAACUACGUCCGACGAGUAUACACGUCAUCUUAAAAGUCAAAAUGAUACGAAUUUUUUCAGUGAUGAAUUAUUUAUUUUUUCAGAUAAAGGUGUAAUUCUUCUUCGUUUCGCUUUAAUUUGUCGUUAGAAUAUGUUAUAGGUGCACUUGGCUUGCGUCUGACGAGUAUACACUUUAUUAUUUAAUUUUAAUGCAUGCACAAUGAAGGACUUUUAAAACUAAAUUCCACAGUUAACAGAUUAAAAUCUUUAUCGUGAGUCUAACACGAUAUUGUAAGAUGACAAUGGAGAUGAAGAAGGUUGGAAAUUGUUUGAAAAAGGUAUCACGCUUUAUAAAAAUUAAAUCUUAUUAUAACUUUAAUAAAUAAAAUAAAUAUAAAACGUUGAAUUCUACCGCUGUACAUUACUUUGAAUCAUUUCCUUUAAAAAUAAAUACAAGUUUACACCCAACAACAUUGAAAAUAAAUCAAGUGCAUAGCCUUAAUAUGGAACACCUAAAUUAAGGAAAACAUAUAUUUAUCAUAAGAAUACGUGAAAUAAGCAUCUCGAUCGCGAUGAAUGGAGCAUGAAUCAUUUCACGUACAUAUGUAAUACAAUAUUGUAAUAAAUAUUGCGAACACCGCGUAAAUUCGCGGGUGACGCAAUAAAUAUUUCCAGCGCAGUGGACACGCGCGUAAUCGUCGGCCGCGAAGUGAAACGACCGGGUGCGAAAAAUCGCGCCGUCUCGUUCGUCAAUUAUGCAAGACGACAACCGAUGCGCGCACGUGUGUGCAUCAUUUUAUGUAUCCAUGUCCAUGGUCAACGUGUUACAUAUACGACAGGUGCAGGAAAUGCGUGCCCGCCGGCCUCAAACUAUGCGUUAUCGGUAUGCGCAUUGAGAACCGAGGAAUAUAUCCACGUCGACGUAUAAAUAAUAAAUCCAUUAUACCCCGCCGUACUCGGGAUACGAACGUGCACGAUUUUCUAUAUCAAGUCGCGACCGUUCCGCAUCGUCUCCUUUCAUUUGCGAUUUUUCCACCGCGCAAACGUGUAUUCUUUAAUGCGCCGAUUACUCGAUCGGUCCGGCCAUUCGUCAGAAUGUCCGACGAUCAAAUUAGAAUAUUAAAAAUCGAAUGGGGCUACACCGCGUUUCGAAAUAUUUUAGCGUGUAAUCAGCGAGAAUGAAAAUUAUAAAACCUCAACAUCACGCUCUUUGUUAAAUUUAUUGAGCAUUUCGCGACUUUUUCAGCAGUUUUCGAACCUCGAUGCGCACGGUUGACUCUUAUUAAACGCGAGAGAGAGGAAAUAGUAAAUUUAAGAAUGAUCUAAUUUUUAUAGGAAUUUUAUGGGUCUCUUCAGAUCUGAAUCCUAUUCCAUUCGAUGAGUUGCCAUUUGUGUUACUGAAAGUGGUGUUUUAAUAAUUUCAAGAACUCUAUCAGUUCUAAUAUUAGAGAAAAGGAAUAUUAUAAUUACACUAUGAAUUUUAUAUAAUUGUACUAUAAAAAUUAAUUUGCAAAUGCAGAUUUGAAAAAUUUUAGAAUUUUGCAGCAGAAGAAAGAAAUUUUUUUAUUUUCAUUAAAUUAUCUAUAGAAAUGAGAAUUUAAUGUAGUAAUAGAAUUACGUAAAAUAUUUAUGCAACCCGGAGGGAUACAAGCCGAAAUCUAAGAUCUAGCCUAAUUACGAGUCGUCUCGAGUCAUUGACGCCACGGAGACGGUUUUCACCGCGUCGAAGAGAAUCGGUGGCGAUGUCGGUUGUCUUGUCGGGUUUGUUAUGUAGCGCACACGGUACAGGAAAAGAAGGAUGGGGGGAAAAAAAAACUCGCCGUGAACGGACGAAACCGUUUCCUAGAUAACCGAGAAAAUACACCGGCAAUGGCCUCGUUACGAUAUCCUACGAUUUCUCGCAGCCGCUUUCCGCAUGCCUCGAAUCGGAUCGAUCUUUUUCUGCUUGCCUUUCGUUGAAUAAUCGCAUGGUGGAGGAAGCACGUAAUUAUGCAAAUUAUUUCGCCCAUUAUAGUAAAUACACGAGCUCAUAAAACAGCAAUUAUCGCAUGGUGAUAGAACAACCGAUUUGUCUUUCGAUCUCAUAAUAAGUUACAUAAUCGCGUUGCCCGUGAUCAAUAAGCAUUCUAUAAUUAGAUAUUUAUGCCACUGCGAUAGUAUAUUUCCUACUGUUCUCCAACACCUUUGGAGUGUUUUUAUACGAAGAAACCGUGAAAAGGUACUGUACGUAUGAUUUACGCUAAUCACGUACUUAAUACAAUAGAACAGUGUAUUAACGUGACUUCGGUCUGCCAUUAUCUAGCAUCAUAACAGUAUUUUCGAUUAUAAUAAAAAUUCUGAUUAUAUAAGGUAAAGUCUGCACGCUAACCGCCGACGGCAUGUUAGAAUGCUGGCAUUAGCCGCGCUGGUCAUCGAAGUAUUAAUCUCAGUUACUGCUGAAAAAUUUUCAGAAAAAUUCAAAGAAGUACUACGUUUAACGACACGAAGGUAGUAAAAACUCACCAUGACGCUUUCUAUAUGGCAUAUGAGAAGAAUUAUAGACAGAUAUCAAAAUAAUUGCACGUAUCAAGCUUCAAAUUAUUUUUCACCAAAGCAGCGAAUUUUCUUUCCCAUGAAAGAAAACAUGAUACGCGAUUUCUGCGCAGCGAAAGGAACUUUCGUUUUCCUCUGUUUUCGUUUAAACGAAUCGCAGCUCCGACGCAGCGAGAAUUUAAUAACCACGUUAACGCGCUGUUCAAUUCUAUAAGUAUCGAAUGAUUAAAAUGAUUGUUCCAUAUUUUCUUGUACGAAUUACUAGAACGUAUUUAUUAAGAUCUUAAUUCACUUAUAUCUUAGUUUUAGCAUUAUUGAAUCAAUGAAUUUAAUCCUUUCUCAGAACAAUAAUAUAAACGUUCUGAAUAGAGAUAAACAGUACAUAAAAAAUAAACUGGAUUCUUCAUGUUGAUCCGUCUGGUAAUUCUAGCGUUAAACCCUUGCUCUAUAAUUUCUUUCAGAACUUUACUCGACAGAACUAUUUUAUUGUUUAUAAUUGACUGUCGAAAAAAGAGAAUUUCACACUCUGCCUUUAUCUAUGUGUACUCUAAUGAUUAAUAAUAAAUGCAAUUAAUAACAGAAUAAUAUUUAAUAUGAAGUAAACAAAAAACUUAAAAAAUAAUUAAAU